GAGGAAACCCCAUUUCCUUCUCUCGGGGUCCCGGUGUCCAGAGCGGAUUCCCAUCCGCCGUCCAGCCUGCCUUCGCGAACCAGGACCGACCCGCACUCUGGCCAGUGGCGUCCCCAUCCUUGUCCCAUGCCCACCCGUGCUGUCCCGCAGCAGGACAGGUGCCCUGCCCAGCGUCGGGGGCCUGAGCGGCCGAAAGUGCGCACCCCCAACCCCCGGCGUGGCGCACACCCUCGGCGCGAGGUCGGGGUCGGGGUCGGGGUGGCGCGCCCCGCGUCUCGGCGGCUGCGCAAGUCGCACUGCGGGCGCUGCGUCCUCGCCGCCCGCCCGGGCUCGUGUCAGCUGCGGCCGGAGCGGGCCAGGAGGUCGGACCCUCAGCUGCUCGCUCAAUUCUACUAUGCAGAUGAGGAGCUGAAUCAGGUGGCCGCCGAGCUGGACAGCCUGGACGGGCGGAAGGACCCGCAGCGGUGUACGCUGCUCGUCAGCCACUUCCGCUCCUGCCAGGAUAAUGUGUUAAACAUCAUUAACCAGAUCAUGGACGUGUGCAUCCCCCAGGACCGUGCCCCGAGGGACUUCUGCGUCAAGUUCCCCGAGGAGAUCCGGCACGACAACCUGGCCGGCCAGCUGUGGUUUGGUGCCGAGUGCCUGGCCGCUGGCUCCAUCAUCAUGAACCGGGAGCUAGAGAGCUUGGCCAUGCGCCCGCUCGCCAGGGAGCUGACCCGCAGCCUGGAGGAUGUGCGGGGUACCCUCCGCGACCAGGCCCUGCGCGACCUCAACACCUACACGGAGAAGAUGAGGGAGGCGCUGAGGCACUUCGAUGUCCUGUUUGCCGAGUUCGAGCUCAGCUACGUCUCGGCCAUGGUACCCGUGAAGUCCCCCCGGGAGUACUACGUGCAGCAGGAGGUCAUCGUGCUGUUCUGUGAGACGGUGGAGAGGGCCCUGGACUUUGGGUACCUGACUCAGGACAUGAUCGACGACUACGAGCCGGCCCUCAUGUUCACCAUCCCCAGGUUGGCCAUCGUGUGUGGCCUCGUAGUCUAUGCAGACGGACCUCUGAACUUGGACCGCAAGGCAGAAGACAUGUCUGAGCUGUUCCGGCCCUUCCACACGUUACUGCGGAAAAUAAGGGACUUGCUGCAGACCCUGAGUGAGGACGAGCUCCACACGCUGGAACGGAGCCUCUGCAUUUCCCAGGACGUGGAGUUCCCCAUCCGGGCAGAUGCGCAGGCCCCCCCCGCCCUGGCACCCACCUUCCCCACACCCCUUCCCCCCGAGGAGCUGCUCUCUGCCAAGGCCCCAAACCCGGAGGCUGAGCUGGCCUGCUCCAUGCAGUACGAUGACCAAGAGCUGGAGCAGCUCAGCCGCAUGGUCCACAGGGCUGGGGACGAGAUGUCAUCCCUGCUGUCCCCGCCCAGCGCCUGCCAGUCCCCGGCACGCAGGCCGGGCAGCGAGGGCAGCCCCCAGGUGGAGGCGUCCCCAGGCAGCGGGCGGUUGCGGCCCGGCAGUGAUGAGGAGGACGGAACAGUGUUCUUCAUGGAUGACGUGGAGGGGGCAGCAGAGGCCAUGGGUAGCCCGUCUGCGUGGACGGACAGCACCAGCACCGACCCCCAGGACACACGGCAGGGCGGGGAGGCGGGGGUCAGCGUGCUAGGGGAGGCGGAAGACUUGAGCAAUAACAACAACACCCAGGGUGACAAAAUACGGGCAGCCGGGCCCAACUCCUGCAGCUGCCUGGACGCCCCGCCGUCCCUGGACGGCUGGGAGGUGAGUGUGGAUGAUGCCGGGACGGCCGAGAUGAUCGCCCACCGGACAGGGGGCAUGAAGCUCUCGGCCACGGUUAUCUUCAAUCCCAAAUCACCCAACUCGCUGACCUCUGCCGUCACCGCCCUGGAAGCCCCCGGAAACAGCAUCCCCCCACUGGAGCCCGUGGCCGAGGGGACAGACGGUGACUCCCACAAACUGAGCGCCACAGCCACCAACUGCCUCCUUAACUCCUGCGUGUGUUGUGGGGGCUGUGGGGGCAGCAGGGAGGACACAGCCGAGAGCCUGCGGGACAAGUGCAGCCCUGGAGGUGUUGUCGGCACCUCUUACGUAGGCUCGGCCAAGGCCAGUGCCAAGGGUGGGGCCGAGAGCCUGGAGGAGGCCCGGCCUGCCCUGGAGGCACUGCCCAUGGGCGCCCCGGCCUCGCUGCCCUCAGAGGACACCCCCGAUAGGCAGGAGCCCAAAGCACCUACUUCCAGCAAGUGCCUGGUACAUACCUCAGGGCCCCCAGGGGACUCAGCAGACAGGCUGUUCAGUGGGGGCGACGGCACCAGUCAGCAGAAGGAGCCUGAGUGCGGACGGCAGGACACCGGACAGCCCUUGGGCCCCAGUGGCUCCAUGGUGGACAAGCCCGUGCUGGAGGCGGCCCCCGCGGCCACAAGGGAGAAGAUCCGGUCCAGGUUCCACGGCAGCCAUGACCUCAUCCACCGCCUAUUUGUCUGCAUUUCAGGUGUGGCUGACCAGCUGCAGACCAACUACGCCAGUGACCUGAGAAGUAUUCUCAAGACCCUCUUUGAGGUCAUGGCCACCAAGCCAGAAACAGACGACAAGGAAAAGUUAAAGAAGGUCACCCAGACCCUGCGGAGUGCAGCCUUGGAAGACUGCGCCCUGUGCCAGGAGACUCUGUCGUCCUCCGAACUUGCAGCCAAGACCCGAGAUGGGGACUUAGAAGACCCUCCCGAGUGGGUCCCAGACGAGGCCUGUGGCUUCUGUACUGCGUGCAAAGCGCCCUUCACCGUCAUCCGCAGGAAACACCACUGCCGCAGCUGCGGGAAGAUCUUCUGUUCGCGCUGCUCCUCCCACUCUGCCCCACUGCCCCGCUACGGGCAGGUGAAGCCAGUCCGCGUGUGCACACACUGCUACGUGUUCCACGUCACACCCUUCUACAGCGACAAGGCAGGCGUCUGACAGGGCCAGCACUCGCCAGACCUCCAGGGCCCAAGGGGCUCCCAGGAAGGCACCCAGGAAGGCUCCCCGCCCCCUCCUUCCAGGUGCUGGCUUCCAGAGGGUUCACUGCAUUUCAUCGAGUUGCUGCCACGGAGACUUCCAGAACUUCAGUGCCUCCGUCCCAGCCACGCUGGCCACCCGACCCGAGGGGACCCCAGGCCAGCUGCAGGGGCAACAGGAGGUCAAGUUCGGCCAGUGAGGGUACCCAGGGUGCCAGGUGGCUGCCCAGGCACGGGGGGCUCUCCCCCUGCUUGUCCACUGGCCUGCUGAGUUGCUGCCCCAAGACUCGGCCAACGCAGAAGGCCUGCUCAGCGCUUGCUCGUGACAGGGAAAUGGGGUCCUGUUCUGCGCCCCAGGCAACCUCAGUACUGGGGCUAAACCCGGGGCAGAUAGUGGAUACCUCCGGGCGAAGGGCCAGCCCCCAGGGCCCUGCGGGGCUUCCCGUGCGCUUGCUGAACAAGAAAGGGCGUUCAUUCUCUCCCCUGGGCCCCAAACCCACAGCACCCACCCCAUCCCCGGGCACCACCCACUCCCCACUCCCUUCAGGACCUCAUCUGAG